GUCUCUAUAAUUUUACCUCAGGGACUUGCUGUUCUUGAAAACUCUCCCCCAACCUCCUUCCUUACCAAAAACUCUCACUACCCUGUAUGAAUAUAUACGACAAUCGACUCCAUUCAUUUCACAACAAUCACCGCAAAUGGCCACACAAAGGGCGUCUUUCUGCAGAAACUCUUGCUAGAAGUGGAUUUUACUUUUCGCCAGCACCUUCACGAGUAGACAGUGUUAUCUGCUUUUUGUGUGAUGCACGACUCGAUCGAUGGCGUAACGAUGGCGAUCCCUUGGAACGACACAGACGCAUGGCACCGGAUUGUCCAUGGGUUAUCCUAUCUUUCCCGCACACCGAACACGCGCUCCCUAUGCCGGAAAAUCCAAAAUCGACGCGACUCAGUUCGGCACGCGUACGCACGUUUAAAAAGAAUACACAGUGGCCCCCGAAAUCCAUGGCGCGCAAGCAACUGCCUACAGCGAAAAAGCUCGCAGAAUCUGGAUUUUAUUAUGCGCCUAUAAAGAAACACAUUGACCGUGUGGCAUGUGCUCAUUGCUUAGCAACGGUUACCGGGAUGGAUCGAGCGACGGAUUUAUUGGCACAACACGCGCCAUCAUGUGCAUUUUUUGUAAAUAUGUGAAUCUGUGAGGGAGGAUGAUCUAGAAGGCUUGAGAAGAAUACAAUGGCUAAACUCGGGUGUUUUGUAGAAAAAUGGAGAUAGUUCAAUACACGGACCAGUAACACGACAACAACUACGAGCAUCGAAAGCACAAACACCACCACCUACGGCUGCUGCUCCUACUGUUGCUCUUCCUACUUUUGCACAACCACCACCACCACCACGACCUCAACCUUCAGAAUCCGUUGCCGAGUGUGAACCUACUGCACCCUCCAAAAAGC